AUGGCCUCUAACACGCCUGAUGGCGAUGCCCCAACGGCACAGCCCUCGGACGACUACACACACCCCAAUCGAAGCAAAGGCCGCUUCCGCUUCAAGAGCAGCUCCUCGCGAAGCAGCAAACACCACGACCGCCACGAAGACCACCACCACUCCUCCGAGGAUAGCUACAGGAAGCGCCGCAGCAGUCUCCACAGUAAACACAGAGAAGAAUCCCACCCCUCAAAGCGGCGACACAGACACCAUCGCUCCCGCGAACCACCCGACGACUCAACCCAACCACCCCCACUCUCACCCAGCGCCGCCUUCCGCGAAUCCCUCUUCGACGCACUAGGCGACGACGAAGGCGCCGCAUACUGGGAAACCGUCUACGGCCAGCCGAUCCACAACUACGCCGUGCCGGAGGUACCCAAGGGACCGGACGGGGAAUUGGAACAAAUGUCCGACGAGGAGUACGCGGCGUACGUGCGAUCGCGGAUGUGGGAGCGUACUCGUGAGGGGAUGAUAGCGGAGCAGGAACGGCUGCGGGCGGAAAAGAAGAAGGCGAAGCAGAGGGAGAAUGAGGCUGGUGCGAGGGAGGGGGAGCGGGUAGCGUUUGAGCGGGCGAUGGAGGAGAGUUUGAGGCGGGGGGCUGAGAGGAAGAGGAGGAAGAAUUGGGAGGGGGUUUGGAAGGAGUACUUGGCUCGGUGGGAGGAGAUUGCGAGGGUUGUUGAGAAGGGCGCCGCAUCGGCGGGGACGGAGUCUACACAGGAUGAGACGGAGAGCCUGCGACUUCGCAAUUUAUUGUUUUGGCCCGUUGAGUCUGGGAAACGGCGGGAUGUGAGGCCCGACUCGGUGGAAGAGUUUAUGCGUCAUGCGCCGACGGCGGAUUUACUGGCUACGCUGAAGACUGAGCGGGUGCGAUGGCAUCCGGACAAGAUCCAGCAUCGAUAUAGCGCGCUGGGCAUUGAGGAUGAAGUGAUUCGCAGCGUGACAGAAGUCUUUCAGAUCGUGGAUCGGAUGUGGAGCGAGGAGAGGCAGCGAGCCUGA